AAAGACCUUACGCGGAAAUAGCUAACAUAUUUUUUUUUGGAUUAAAAUAUACAAAGGAAUUUUAAAAAAAAUCAUAAAUUGAAUUUUGCCCAGAGGAACACGAAUCAUCAAAUUUUCAACCCAACAUACCCAUUUUGACCAUUUCCCCAUCUGGGUUUUUCCUUCAGUUCGAGUGUCAACUUCAGUUCUUUCCUUCGUUGUUGUUCUCCUCUCUCUCCUCUUAUAUCUCCGCCUUGUUUCUGCAGAUUUUUUCCAGAGAAAUUAAGGAUCUUUCUUUUUCGUGCUGUUGACAAAUCGUUUUUUUUUUUUUGUUGUUUUGCUUUCUUUCUUCUUUUCUGUUCUUCUGGGUUUCUUUAUUCUCUGCCCCGAAUUUGCCGGAAUCCUUUGGUUUCGCUUUUAAUCCCCGAAAGCAUCUUGUUUUUGCGAUUAUAUUGUUCCACUAUCAGAAUUUCCUCCGAAAAAGAAUGUACCGUCAUCAAAGAGAUCCGUGUUUGAUUGAUCUCUAGCUAGGGUUUUUGCCGCAAGUUUCAGUUUUUUUUUUGGUCUGGGUUGUUUCUGGAAAUGGGAUCUGCUACUGGGUUUUACUCAAACCAAGAGUUUGAAUUAGAUCCUAAAUGGGUUGUUGAUCCUAAGCAUCUAUUUGUUGGUCCCAAGAUUGGUGAAGGUGCUCAUGCCAAAGUUUAUGAAGGAAAGUAUAGAAAUCAAACUGUGGCUAUAAAGAUCAUUAAAAGAGGAGAAUCCCCGGAAGAGAUCUCCAAAAGAGAGAAGAGGUUUGAAAGAGAAGUUGCUAUGUUGUCUAGAGUUCAGCACAAGAACUUGGUCAAGUUCAUCGGAGCGUGCAAAGAACCCAUUAUGGUUAUAGUCACCGAGCUCCUACUGGGUGGCACGUUGCGUAAAUACCUGCUCAACUUGCGGCCUCGGCAUCUGGGCAUUGAUGUGGCUAUCGGGUUUGCUCUCGACAUCGCUCGUGCCAUGGAAUGCUUACAUUCCCAUGGCAUCAUCCACCGUGAUCUUAAACCAGAGAACUUGAUCUUAACCGCUGAUCACAAAACGGUUAAACUGGCGGAUUUCGGCUUAGCCAGAGAAGAAUCGCUAACCGAGAUGAUGACUGCAGAAACCGGGACAUACCGCUGGAUGGCACCAGAGCUUUACAGCACGGUGACGUUGAGGCAUGGAGAGAAAAAACACUAUAACCAUAAGGUGGACGCAUAUAGUUUCGCGAUUGUGUUAUGGGAACUGAUCCAUAAUAAGUUGCCGUUUGAAGGCAUGUCUAAUCUACAAGCGGCCUACGCCGCUGCGUUUAAGAACGUGAGGCCGAGUGCCGAUGACUUACCGGAGGACCUAGCGACAAUAGUGACGUCAUGUUGGAAAGAAGAUCCGAACGACCGACCGAACUUCACGGAGAUCAUUCAUAUGCUUCUCCGCUACCUCUCCACCGUGUCGGCUCCCGAGCCUGUCCCUCCACCACGCCGUGUCUUCUCUUUGUCGGAAAACGCUGUUCUGCCGCCGGAGUCGCCAGGGACGAGCUCUCUUAUGGCCGUCAGAGACGACGGCUCCGACCGAAUCCCGGGCGGCAGAGACGGCCCCGGCGAGCCGGAGAAGCCCAGGGGAAGCUUCUUCUUCUGUUGCUCGUAAUACGAUGAAUGAAAAUGGACAUGGAUCUGUUCUCUGUUUACUUAUCCCACAAGGAAACCUGCUUGAAGCCAAAGAGAAUCUGUUCUCCGUUUGAAGAACACAGAAGGACCACAACCACUGCUCAAGAUUACCAGAAGAUUCCUUUCUCAAUUUAAGAAGAAAAAGACAUCUUUUUAACUUGAAAGCUAAGACCUUUUGCCCUAAUUUCAUCCCGUUGGCUUCAAGAAUCUCUCUGCAAGUCUGCCCAAAUCUAAACUUCCGAACAUUGUUUGCACCCGACAAGAACAU